GAUUUCAGAGCGAAAGCAGCCGUUUCUUUGUGGUUUGCAUUUGAAUUCUUAGCACCUGUCUUAUGUACAGAGAGAGCAGAGGUUACAGAGCUGCUGUUGAUUUAUAUUAAAUACCCGUAAAGUCAGAGUUUACCUGUGGAUUUUCAGGUAGUUAGCGUACUUAGAAGCAGCUCGUUUCAGGAGAUCUUCCCUCAUGACUUAGUGGGAACAAAGGCAGUAAAACAAUUUGCAAUGUUUAUUUUUUCAUGUGAUGGCUGCAGCAUGAGCGAGCCAGUCACAGUAGAUGAACUGCCUGCAGUCCGAGUGUUGGCACCUCGUUCUGCACCUGAAAGGCCAAAUGUGGACUGGCUCUGGAUAAUACACAGCUGCUGUAUUUAGCUCCAUUUGGGCUGAGAUUCAGUCCAGCACUCUGACUUUAGACCAGCAGACUCUGUGUGUUAUUAAUCAUGAACCAGGUGUGUUGGAUGCUGAGUGACCUCAUGAGGCAGCUGUUACACCUGGUGUUACCUUUUCCAUCCAGAACGUCACAGAAGAGAGAACAGACAUGGAUCGGCCUCUGCAGGAUGUUUCUGGAGCAGAUUUUCUUCAGCGUCGACUGCAUCCUCUGUUUCACUGCCCUGAUAUGAGUCCGUCUCCGACCGUCCCCACCUCAGUUGAACAUGUCAAAGCUGCAGACGUCAAAGUCAUCGCUGCACUGGGAGAUUCUCUAACCACAGCUAUCGGUGCCAAUGGCUCUACAAUUCUCUCAAUACCUUUUGAAUUUCGUCAGGUGUCGUGGAGCAUCGGAGGUUACGGGACUUUUCAAAAUGUCAUUACACUGGCGAAUAUCUUUAAACUCUUCAAUCCCAAACUGCUCGGUCCAUCCCCGGUGAUGACGUUCCACGGAAAGCCCACAACCGUCAACGAGACCGGCUUCAACUUCGCCGUCACCGGCCACAACACGCUGAACAUCUCAGAUCAGAUCAUUCACAUGAUAAAUACCUUCAGGUCUUAUCCAGAUCUGAACUUUGAGGAGGACUGGAAGGUGGUGACGAUGCUGAUCGGCAUGAACGACAUCUGUGAUUACUGUAAAGACAAGACUUUGUUUUCCCCCGACAACUUCAUCCACUACAUGACUGAAGCUCUGCACAUGAUGAUGAACGCGAUCCCCAGGACCAUUCGUGAACGUGGUGCAGAUUCUUCCCAUGAAGCCGCUCAGAGAAGUUCAGAAACCGACUCUGGGCUGUCAGCUUCAAAAACGUUUCUGCUCUUGUCUGGUUCAACCUGAAGAAAACUCCCCUGAACUGAACGAGCUGGUGGAGAUUAACCUUGAAUUCCAGAGAAGAUUAGAGAAGCUUCUUCACAGCGAUCAGUUCUUCAAAAAGGACUUUGCUGUUGUUCUGCAGCCUUAUUUAGAGGAGGCAGGACCACCAAGACUUCCUGAUGGGACACUGGACUUGAGCUUCUUCACUGCAGAUUGUUUCCACUUCACUGUGAAGGGACACGAGGAGCUGGCGAAGGGACUGUGGAACAACAUGUUCCAGCCUGAAGGAGAGAAAGAGAGGAUAAAUUCACUUUCAGAACCAGUAAAACUCAUCUGUCCACCGAAGGAGCAUCCUUACAUCUACACCAAACCACCAGUUUUAUCAUCUGCACCGACACUGAAACACAUCUCCAUGAUGCUGAUGUCUCUGUUUUCACUGUUUGUCCUGUUUAAUUUAUUAUAAUUUGACUCAACACUGCCUGGGUUGAAGAUUGAAUUCCUACUUGAACCAUCAAUCCCAGAAUAUAUAAACAUUCAAGGAAGUGAGACCUGAGGAAAUUAAGCUUAGGAAGUUUUUCUAAUUCUCACAAAUCAAUGGGCAACAGACAGAAAAUAAACUACAUUAAUCAUUACUUAACAUUUGUAAUUAAAUAUUAAAUAUUAAAAAUGAAAAUUUAAAUCUGUUUCUCUCUCUGUUCUUUAUUCUUGGUAAAUAUAAGGUUGGAUUUCUCUGUCUUACAACAAAAUUACUUUAAGUACAACUACAUUAAAUUCAUUUUAAAUUAGUUAAAUAUAUGAAUGAAAUAAAGUCACUCAUGUUCAUGA